AUGUUUUUAACGAAAAAGUUGAUGUCAAAUGUUCCAGAACUUGUAUCUGGUUCUUGUUGGUGGAAAAAACCGCUUUAUUACAAUCCCGUUGUUCGGCCACUAGAUAGAGGACCUGAUUUUAGUUUUGUGGAUGGUCGUAAGCCUUCAAUUACUACAAAAUGGGAGUUGGAACGGAGGAAGAAGCAAGUUGAACUUGGGGUAUUUAUUUUUUGUUUUUUAAGCUUGUAUUUAUAG